UGGUGUUAAUGUCUAGUCUAUUGCCCAAAUGCCCCGCUGCAUUCUUUCUCAUUCUCCAAGACACCCUUUUUCUUCUCUCACUACUUCACUGUCAAAGCUUGCUUUUUUACUCGCUCUCCUGACCUCCAUUGUUUCUCUCUCUAAACUUUCUCUGCCUCAACUUGGUUUUCAGUUGCACAAAGGUAAGCUCUUUGACACCCAACUUUUCUUUUUUUUUCACCCACAUUUUCUUGGAAGAAAGGAAAAAAAUGUUAGCUUUGGCAUUGUUCAUAUUGAUUUUCUGCAAUUCGCAAGCUCUGGUGAGUUCUUUGAAUGACGAAGCAAAAGCCCUUUUGUCUUUCAAGCAAUCUGUUUUAGAAGACCCAGAAGGGUCACUGAAUAACUGGAAUUACUCUGAUGAAACCCCAUGUUCAUGGAAUGGUAUUACUUGCAAGGACCAGAGAGUUGUCUCUGUGACCAUUCCCAAGAAGAGCCUAUCUGGGGUUCUUUCUUCUUCCCUUGGCUCACUCUCUGAGCUCAGACAUUUGAAUUUAAGGAAUAAUAGGCUUAAUGGAAGCAUCCCUCCUGGUCUCUUUAGAGCUCUAGGUUUGCAAAGUUUGGUUCUUAAUGGGAAUUCUUUGUCUGGGCCUUUGCCUUCUGAGGUUGGGGGGCUUAAUUACCUUCAAACUUUGUAUAUUUCUCAGAAUUUCUUGAAUGGGUCUUUGCCUGCAACACUGAUUCAAUGUAAAAGAUUGAAGAAACUUGAUUUGAGUGUGAAUAAUUUUAGUGGUUCUUUGCCGAAUGGUUUUGGGGCUAGCUUGGCUUCAUUGGUAAACCUUGACCUUUCACACAAUGAGUUCAGUGGGUUGAUUCCUAGUGACUUGGGAAAUUUGUCUAAUUUGGAAGGAACCAUUGAUUUGUCUCAUAAUAGAUUUAGUGGUUCGAUCCCAUCAAGUCUUGGUAACCUUCCUGAGAAAGUUUAUAUUGAUCUCACGUAUAACAAUUUGAGUGGUCCAAUCCCGCAAAAUGGUGCUCUAAUGAAUAGAGGACCAACUGCAUUCCUUGGGAAUUCAGGGCUAUGCGGUCCUCCAUUGAAGAAUCUGUGUUCUUCGGGAGGUGAUGCUAUUUCACCUUCCUUGUAUCCACCCUUGCCCAAUAACUAUCCUCCACAAGGCACAGUGGAUCACGAAAGGAGGCUGAGUAAAGGUGCCAUAUCUGCAAUAAUUGUGAGUGAUGUGAUUGGAAUUUGCUUUAUUGGCUUGCUGUUCUCAUAUUGUUAUGCAAGAAUCUGUCCUUGUGGAACGAGACACGAUGAGAGCGGGCAUGGUUUUGGAAAGGGAGGAAAUGGAAGAAAUAAAUGCUUAUGCUUUGGGAAGGAGGUGUCCGAGACUUUAUCAGAACAUGUAGAACAAUGUGAUCUCGUCCCACUGGACAACCAAGUGGCGUUUGAUUUAGAUCAGCUUCUCAAAGCAUCUGCUUUUGUGCUCGGUAAGAGUGGCAUUGGAAUUGUCUAUAAAGUUGUGCUUGAAGAUGGGCUUAACUUGGCUGUGAGAAGACUCGGGGAAGGUGGAUCGCAAAGAUUGAAAGAGUUUCAAACAGAAGUCGAAGCAAUUGGGAAGCUAAGGCAUCCUAAUGUUGUAACUCUUAGAGCCUAUUAUUGGUCAGUGGAUGAGAAGCUAUUGAUAUACGACUUUGUUCCAAACGGAAACCUUUCCACAGCAAUUCAUGGAAAACCCGGAAUGGUGUCCUUUAUGCCUCUUUCAUGGUCUGUGCGAUUGAGCAUUAUGAAGGGAACUGCUAAAGGAAUGGUUUAUUUGCACGAGUAUAGCCCUAAAAAAUAUGUCCACGGUGAUUUGAAACCAUCAAAUAUAUUGCUUGGACAUGAUAUGGAACCUAAAAUCUCCGAUUUUGGACUUGGGCGUCUUGCUAACAUAGCUGGAGGCUCCCCAACUCUGCUGUCCACUCGAAUGGCCUCUGAGAAACAACGACUACCAGGCAGCGGGCCAUCAGAAACGUCAACAAUUGUUUCAACCGGAGCUUUAGGAUCCCCUUACCAAGCUCCAGAGGCGUUUAAGGUAAUGAAGCCAUCGCAGAAGUGGGAUGUGUACUCCUAUGGAGUAAUCUUAUUGGAAAUGCUUACUGGAAGAUCACCGGUAGUACAGUUGGGAUCCUCGGAAAUGGACCUUGUUAACUGGAUUCACCUUUGCAUUGACGAAAAGAAGCCACUUUCAGAUGUUUUGGACCCAUAUCUAGCUGAAGAUGCUGAUAAAGAAGAUGAAAUGAUUGCCGUUCUGAAGAUUUCAAUGGCGUGUGUGCACACAAAUCUUGAAAAGAGACCUUCGAUGAGGCACGUCAUGGAAGCACUCGAAAGACUGCCCGCCAGCAGUGCCCUUUAACCUUAUCCCGUUUUCCUUGUCGAGAGGAAGGGUGUUUUAAUUUUGGAGGUAAAUCUUCGUUUAAAUCAGUUGGUAAGAGUUUAUUUUUUACUGUUUCUAUAUGUGGAUAAGUAAAAGGAGGCUGUGUAACAGUAACACUCUUGUUCUUAUCGCAGGCCUUUCCCGACCUAUCUUGUUUGUUCGUUCAAUAUUUCUAGUUUGUUUUUUCUACUUAUUGACAUUCAUAGCUCCAAAAUAUUAACUGACAUACCGACUUCAUGAGAUCACACAUGUGAACCGCUUAAACAGUUGUCAAAGAAUUUACAGCUUUUGUAACUAUUCUUUAAGUUUUGAUAACAUGAUGUUUUUUUUGUAUACAUAUAUAUCCUUGCAACUG